AUGGAAUCUCCUUUUCCCCCUGAACAAACAAUAAGUUUGAGUCAAAAUACUGAAGCUACCCCUUACCUUAGCCUUCAGUUACAAAGAGUUGAACAAAAUCAAGUUACUCUUAAGGAAUUAAAUUCAGUCAUCAGGUCUCAAAAUUAUACCAAUGUUUACCUUGUUUGCUUAGGAGAACAAAUUAUCUCCAUGGAAAAAGAUCUCUUAUCCAUAAAAGAUCUUUUAGAAAAACAAAUAGAGCGUCAAGAUAUCAUUAUUGACCACAUAAAUAAACCUAAAGACCAAAUAUCCACAUCCACUAUUUCGGAUGUUCCUAUAGUGCAACCUCCUGUUUCCAUAGAAGGAUUUAAAAUGGAAACUAACGGAGAAGAAUUUGUUCGUAUUUUAGAACAAAAACUAAAAGGACUUAAUAUCACUGUCAUGUCCCGUGAAGAUUAUUCUGAGGAUAAUAAUGACAACCAUAUUGACCAGCUUGCUGAUAUGUUUGCUAAUUUAGACAUUAGUAACCUUGAUAUUAAUACUAAUAGUAUUAAUAAUACUAAUAGUAUAAAUCCUGUUUAUUCCCCAAGGCCUAUAGAAAAGUAUUAUUACAAGCGUCCCUCACCGCAAGAUUUGCUUUUUGAGGAAUCAGAACCUUUCCAGAAUUCUUAUUCAGGAAAAGCCAUUUAUGAAUGGAAUGUUGAUGGUCUUAAUGACAAACAAAUUAUAGAUACUAUCCAUAGGAUGAUCAUGUACUCUACUAUUUGCAAGCAACAUGGAAAUUCUGAUGCUUCAAUAGCAUCCUUUAUAACAACAGGAUUUGUUGGCCAACUUAGAGGCUGGUGGGAUCAUUAUCUCACUGAAUCUCAAAAAUUAGAGAUUAUUAAUCAUAAAAAAAUCGUUAAGAGCGAACCAAGAACUAGUACGAGCACUAUUGUGGCUACAACCACCACAGGAGAAGAAGAUGCAGUGUAUACACUGUGUCUCUCCAUCUUACAACAUUUUGUAGGAACCAAUGUCCCCAUUGGAGAAAAAAUCCAGACACAUCUCCAAAACCUUAGGUGUCCUUCUCUCACCCACUUUAGAUGGUAUAAGGAUACUUUUCUUUCAAGAGUUUAUCAAUUAAACAAUCCCAAUUAUUUUCACUGGAAAGCAAAAUUUAUUGAUGGAUUACCUCAUUUCUUUUCUGAGAAAGUUAGACAAUCCUUAAGACAGAAAAAUGAUGGGAUAAAUAUAAAUUAUUCAGAUCUUACUUAUGGUCAUAUAAUUAGCACUUGUGUUAAUGAAGGAUUAACUUUAUGUAAAGACAUAAAGCUUAGAAAUCAACUCAAAAAGCAAAAGCUCUCUGAAAAACACCAAAUUGGUGAAUUUUGUGAGCAAUUUGCUUUUGAUCUUGGAAAAUCUCCAGAUAAUAAAAAGAAAAAAGGAAAAAUAUUCCGCAAUAAACCUUAUAGGGAUAAGCCAAAAAAUUCUUAUAAAAAUUCUUAUAAGAAUAAGAAAAGGGGUCACUACAAUAGAGGUAGACCUAAAGAAAAAUCUUUUGACCCUAAAGGUAAAAGAAAAGCCAAAAGGCUUGACAUAACAUGUCAUAAAUGUGGCAAACCUGGCCAUUAUGCCAACCAAUGUUGGACUAAAAAAGCUCUUAAUGAGAUAGAAGAUGAACAAUUACGUUCUCAAUUAGAGAAAGUUUUACUUCUCAAUUCUGAUUCUGAAGAUUAG